AUGUCUCUUGAAGCCUUGAGCCGCCGCAGGUCCAACUCGCCUUCGAACUCAGGUCGUUCCUCGCCCGCGCUCCGCUCACCUCGACGGCCCAUCGAGGACGCCUCUAUACGAAAAGACAAGUCGUACCGCCGAUACGAGUCCAACGUCGAGCGCGCUCUUGCACUAUUCGACACACCGCAGCAGGAAUGGGCUGAUUACAUUUCAUUCCUGGGAAGGCUGCUAAAGGCAAUCCAGACGCACCCGUCCGAUGUUUCCGUCAUACCGCACAGCACGACAGUCGCGACACGCCUGGCGCAAUGCUUGAACCCGGCGCUGCCCUCGGGCGUACACCAGAAGGCUCUCGAGGUCUAUACGUACAUCUUCUCGAUUCUGAAAAAGACGGCCUUGUCGCGUGAAUUCCACGUCUACUUCCCCGGCCUCGCUUCCGUCCUCUCCUUCGCCUCGCUGUCGGUACGCCCGUCUUUCCUUUCCCUCAUCGAGACGUACGUCCUUGCCGUCAAUGCACAGGCACUUAGGCCGGCUCUCAAAUCCGUUAUAUUGUGCCUGUUACCCGGACUAGAGGAAGAGACCAGCGAAGACUUUGAGCGUGUGGUCCAGCUCGUGGAUAAGCUGCGAUACACCAUAGGAAAUACAGAAGGGCAAAAGAGCGACGGCGCACAAGACUCGUAUUUUUGGCAAUGCUUCUUCCUUGCUACCAUCACGAAUGCGCCGCGACGGCAGGGCGCUCUUGCGUACUUAGUGCGCAGGCUGCCGAAGUUUGGCAGUGCGCAGCCCGUUAGGAGAAAUUCUGUGGCCACGGAGGAGGAGCCUGGCGAACCGCUGUCUCUAGCUGCCGAGGCUGUAAUCGCUCCGGAACCUGGGUUGCUCAUACGAUGCUUUGCUGCCGGACUAGGCGAUCACCAGCUCUUGGUCCAGAGAGGCUAUCUUGAUCUUCUGGUGAACACUCUACCUCUCCACUCGGAAGUGUUGCAAGUACGCAUUGAUGAAAAGGACCUGCAACGCCUGGUUUCUGCGGCCGCCGGAGUAGUCGCGCGAAGGGAUAUGAGCUUGAACCGAAGACUGUGGACAUGGUUCCUCGGCCCUGAGCCUGCCGCAGGUGCGGAUGUCCCGGACGAUCCGAAGAGCCCGACAAUGGACGUCAACUCUCACCAUGCAGCAUACUUUGCUCGCUACGGUCUGCAGGCGUUGACAAGGGGCAUCAUGGCUUUGAUUAACAGUCGUGAUACGUCUCCAAGUGCAAGAGCCAGACCUUUUCGUAUCUGUCUCUCAUUGAUGGAUCGUUGGGAAGUAGGCGGUCUGCUUGUGCCUGCAAUUUUUAUCCCCGUCCUCGAGAGUGCGCGCAUCUACGGCGAAACUGCCAGCAAAGAGAGCUUUGAUGAGGUGAUACGCAGUGCGAGCAUCUUCUUCGAUGGGGUUGAAAGCGGACUUAUCUGGGGUCAACUCUUCGAAUUGAUAGACGGCCCGUUGACGGUAGAACCCAAGGACCAAGAAGAGCAGCUUCGCAAACUGAAGCUGGCAAAGUUCCUCAUCAGCCGCUUCAACAUCCGAGAAGAGGAGAUGCUGCUUCAUCAUAUUCCACUGGUUGCGUUUGCGAUCCUGAACCUACUGAACUGUGACACUGCGAAGAACGACUCGAAUGCUAUGACACAAGAAAUCACCAACACGAAACUUGAUAUCGCGGACGUACUCGUUCAGACAAUACCCGAGCGGGCGCUUACUGGCAAAGAACCGAAGAACGGAAAGAAGUCAAAGUCACCCCCAAAUGUCGAGAGCAUUCGCUCGUUUUACCUCGAUUCACAAGGCAGCCUUGAAGGCACUGGUUCACCAUUCUCUCCUGUUCAGCUCCGAGACGGUCUUUUGCGUGAAGCGUCGAGUUUCUUCGUCAAGUCUCUCCGGAGUGGCACGUCGGAUUCCAUGACCGAGAUUAGUACCAGGCUCCUAUCAAACGUAUUGAUGAAGAUUUCGGACACCCGGGCAGCCAACUGCGAUGAGCUUCUGUCCGCUUUUGAGGCUGCGCUCAAAACUGAAAAGGCAGAGGCAAGCGUGCCGUUCCCUGCUAUUCUUGCCAUCACAACUAUCCUUGGAGCCUUUCAAGCUAGCAACACCUCGCAAAGCUACUUCCCCCCUGAGCGGAUGCCAGAACUUGUCAGUUCUCUUGUCAACGCAAUUUGGUUUUACCUUUCGCCCUUCCGGCCGAAAUACCACGUGGAAGCAGUCCGUUGUUUGUGGCAGCUGCAGGCAAUUACAGCUAGUGAUCACCUGGUAGAGGCAGCCAUUACUUCGCUCAUGACACGGAGCGCAGACGAUGGAAUAGAGUCGGCUGAUGCCGGACGGCGUUUCUCUGUUUUGUGGGCGCACACGAUUCACGAGCAGAAUUCCCAUACCGAGAAGACGGGAAGAGGGCUUUCGAGGCGGUCAAGUGGCGCGCCGACCUUGUCCAGUACUGUUCUGGUAGGCGGAUACCAGGCCAUCCUCACUCGACCACUGUUGCUCCUUCUGGACGCGCUGUCAGAAGAAGGCACGGAAUUGUUUUCUUUUGUCAAGACUUGGUUGCAGGAUCUGCCCAGUCUAAACAGAGUCUUCGAUAUCAUCAUCUCGCAUCUGCACUCGCUCAAUUGCAUUAAGUACCAGUCAUCCGACAAUCUCGAUACCUCUGCGCAGAAACCGCCGGCACUGACAGACGAUUCGAGAGAGUGUCUGUAUCAUCUGCAGCAUCUGCUCAGUAUUCUUCGGUGGUCGUCCGAUCAUACUUGGGUUGUUCUGGCCAGGGAUGUUAUGUCGGUGCAUGAUACUUCUUCAAAGCAAACGGAAGAGGUGACUUUGCAAACCGUGUUGGUGCGGAUCUGCGUGCGGUCUCUCUCCGUAUCAAGUUCGCCUAGAGAUUCAACCCACGUCGAGUCGCUGUGCCGUACGGCUAUCUCAACCAUCCGAACAAUCGCGUUGAACCCAUACGCUAUGCCGCUCAAGGACAUGGAGUUGGAAGUGUUUUUGAUGAGUCGUCUCUCUUCGGCAAGUCCGUCAUUGCAGAGUUUGCUGUUAGAAGCAACGCUGGCAGCGCUCCAGCUGCGUAUACGCGGAACUGCGUUGCCAUCCCCGGGAAUUACUAGAGAACGGACGGGCAGCCUUCGUCAGUCGAUGGAGAAGGCUGAAGCCGACGAUUCGGCUAUGGCGACAAUGGCGCCGCCACCGCAACUUGUCAACUGUCUCAAGGCUGGAUUCUCUUCUCCUUCGAGCCGACUGGUGCUCGACGACUGGGUUAAGUUCCUCAUUGAAGUAUUGCCUCUUUUCGCGGACACCCUUUUCCAGAACCUGCUCCCGCUUGUGGAAUGCUUGUGCAAGCAGAUCCAAUUGGCAUUUGGGCAGCUUAAAUCAACGUUCCACAGUCCUCUUCAUCCUGCUUCGAUUGCACCAGAGUCAACAUUGAUUUCUCUCAUGAACGGACUCGAGCAGAUCUUGGCAAACGCGCACGAUCGUCUGGUCAUGCAGGAGAUCAAGGUCACGGUUAUGAAGCCCGCUGAGCAGCCACAAGGUUUCUUUGGCAAUAUGGUUUCCGGCGUCUUUGCCGCAGAUAAUCCCAGCCAAACCCGCGCUGCUACGGCAAACAGCCGUCUCACCGUCCUCCUUUGCUUCCAGGACACGGUCCGAAUCUGCUUCUCCAUCUGGUCCUGGGGCGGGUACGGCACCGAGGCUGGCAAGCAAGACCAUACAUCCUUGGCAAGUUUCGGAUAUACCAGCCUCCGCAUGCGGAACCGUGCGAGGAGGAUCUUGGAGCACUUGUUCACGGUCGAGACGCUCGAGUGUCUAGAAACUCUGGCGGUCAUAUGGUGUCGAGCUACGGCAGGCAGCGCGGAAGCAGCGGCUGUUAUGGGUGUGCUCAACGUGCUCAAUGGCUCCAGUCCGAAGAACACGACUCCUGCGAUCUUCAACGCUGUGUAUAGCCGCACGAAUCCUAAUGCGCUGGAUCCUCACCGCAUGUCGACUUUGACGUCUGAUCUUGCGGAGACGGAACUGUUGGCUUUCUUGGUGGAGUACACGAGGAGCUUAGAGGACGAUGCUAUGGAUGAGAUUUGGCCGGACUGUCUUACUUUCCUGAGAGAUGUGCUGGCGAACCCGAUGCCGCAUAGACAGAUUUUGCCCUACUUGUUGGAGUUUACAGCAACUCUGGCGGAGAAGGUGGAUAACACAAACUUUGGAGAGCAGCGGAGGAUGAGAAGGGAUCUUGGUGAUCUCUUCUUACGCCUUCUUACGGCGACUUUUACAACGCGACCAAUGGGCUUCCUGCAGGAUACUUCUUCUCUUUCGGUCGACAAGAUUCCGCAGGAGGAAAGUACUGUCAGCACGCGCACCAUGGAUAUCAUUGCUAUCCUGGUGACAAUUCUUCCUAAGCUUCCCCUUAUCCUGGUCGACAGUGAUCGCAUCACGAAUGCCGUCACGUCCAUUUGCACUAACGUGAUUGGACCUACCUUCCGAGCAAAGUCUUAUCCGGAGAAUGUCUCACCAUCACUUCUUGAGCUGCUGUACCAGCUCACACGUACAGCUCAAGCAAGCAAGGCAUGGAAGAAGGACGUUUUGGACGCGUUCAAUGAUGCCAAGUUCUUUGCUCAUGGCGUGAGCCUGGCAAGGGAGAAGUGGUUGCCAGUGCUUAGACAGUGGUGUUUGGCGGACAAGGACCGCAUGCCUGAACUCCUGGGUCGACUGAGCGCACCAACCACGGCGGGUAUCAUGUUUGGCGUGGGUGCGGCAUCAGCCAGACAGGAGGCGGAUCGCAGGACGCAGCUGAACCUCAGACGCAUUGCCGUGCUGAUUCUGGCGAACCCAGAGGACAUGUUUGUGCCGAACAUGGGGCUUCUCCAGGAGAAGCUGGUGGAGCUGCUGACAGCCACACCGGCAUCAAGCCCCAGCGCGGCGACGCGAGCCGAGAUAUUCAUGCUGCUGCGCGCGCUGAUCCUGCGGACAUCAGCGGUGCACCUGGCGCCGCUGUGGCCCGUCAUCAACAGCGAGCUGCAAACGGCCAUCUUCAGCAUCCUGCCCGACACGGAGCAGCACGAGCGCUACAACAACCUCUCGCUCGUGCAGGCCUGCAAGCUGCUCGACUGCCUCGUCGCCCUCGACCAAGACGACUUCCAGCUGCACGAAUGGCUCUUCGUCACCGACACCAUCGACGCCGUCUACCGGCCGCCCGAAGCACAAGCGCCCAUCGCCCUCGUCGACGACGUCGCCGAAUCCCUCAACCACGCCCAAGCCGCCGCCGCGAGCGCGACGCCCGGCGCUGCCGCGGACGGCGAUCCCGGCGUCAGCGCCGCGCAUAUCUCGCCUGAGGCGCUGGGGUUCGGCCGCGUCGACGAGGCCGAUGCCGCUGCCUUGUCAUCGUUGUCGCUGCGCCGCAGCUUCCUGGACCCCGUCCUCAAGAGCGCCGAGUCGGGUGUUGGCGAUAGCGCGGACGUCAAGGCCAUGCCCAAGGCGGAGCUGGUGCAACGCGUCUUGAGGCCGUUUUUGGGCCAGUUGAGUAUCGUCAAGUUUGAGGAGACUUAUGGCAUGGGUGGGGUGGAUGGGGAGGGCCUUGAAGGCGGCUUGGUCGAGGAUUUGUUUGAUGAGGGGGGGAUUGUUUAGGUGUGGGUGGUGCUGUUUUAAUAUAUCUUGCUCUCGUUUGAUGAUGGGGUUGCCUGCGUUUUACAUGACUGUUUUUUGUUUGUACCCUAUGCUGUGCUCCUU